CGAAGAUAAUUAUUCCAUUAGUUUUUCUUUAAAGGCCAAGGCCGUUCGUUCUUUAUUCUCCUUCGUGGCCAACCUUCACCUAGCUCCUCAUCUUCUCUUCAUAUGCUUCUAUAAUCAUGCAUCUCUUCUUCUAUAUUUCCGCAUUCGCUACUGCAGUCUUGGCCACUAGUCGGACCACUGCUCCUUCAGGAGCUAUAACUGUUGGAUCUGGCGGGACCUAUUCUACCAUUCAAGACGCCAUUGACUCUUUGAGCACAACAUCCACCACAGCUCAAAGUCUUUUUAUCCUUGCUGGAACCUACACGGAGCAAGUCACCAUUCCAUCCAGAGCUGCGGCGCUUACCAUCUAUGGAUACACCACGAAUACGGCAUCAUACACCAGCAAUGUGGUUAACAUUGAGCACAGCUCUUCUCUUGCCAGUGGCGCCUCGAGUGACGAAGCUACUGGCACUGUGAUCAACGAGGCUGCGAACACUAAGUUCUACAACAUCAACAUCAAAAACACCUAUGGGGAAGGUUCUCAAGCUAUUGCCUUAGCCGCGUACAACACCGAGCAAGGUUACUAUGGUGUCGGUCUUUACGGAUACCAAGACACUCUCCUGGCAGAGACUGGCAACCAGGUCUACGCAGCCUGCUACAUUGAGGGGGCUGUUGACUUCAUCUUCGGUCAACACGCCAUAGCCUGGAUCGACAGCUCCGAUAUUAGAGUGUCAGCCGGUGGUGGAGCUAUCACCGCCAAUGGCCGUUCCUCUUCAUCAGAUGUCUCUUAUUACGUUAUCAACAAGAGCUCUGUUGAUACAACUACGAGCUCAACUGCCACUUCAGGAACUGUCUUUCUCGGUCGGCCUUGGUCUGAGUAUGCCCGUGUCUGCUUCCAGGAUACUGUCUUGAGCAAUAUCAUCAACAGCGCUGGCUGGGAAGAAUGGAGCAGCAGUGAACCGAAUACUGAAGACGUGACCUUCGAGGAAUACGGAAACACUGGCGAUGGAGCAUCAGGUACUAGAGCAAGCUUCUCCACUAAACUUAGCUCAGCUCUCAGCAUCUCCACGAUUCUUGGUAGCGGCUACGCUGAUUGGGUGGAUACUUCUUAUUUGGCAUGAAGGAGAGGAAGGUUGAAGGAUGAGUGGGCGGUGGAAAAGUUCGCUUCGAUUCAACAGUAUAUAUUGGCAUCUUGACGUGUCUCGAGAAUAUGUCCC